AGAUCGAAGAAUUGACGUGGCAACAUCACAAUGACCUGUAGAAACCGAUCAUGGUGUUGGAACGAAACCUGACGGCCGCGGCGUUAAGAGAUAGAUAUAUAUAUAUAUAUAUAUGUAUAAAGGUGAAACAAAAAAUGGACAAAUCGGCAAAUUCGUAUUUCUUGUGCUCUAUUAGUGGGAGAUAAAGAGUUUCACAGAGACAAAGAUGGAUUUGCUACCGGCAGAGAGCUCACCGAUCGCUAAGAAACAUGGUUUUCGGUCCCUGAAGCUGUUGACCGUGGAUAUGGAGCAGGAACUUGGGGACCAACCCUUCGGAGUCGACUACGGUAGACUUGAUAAUGGCCUCACUUACUAUGUGCGCUGCAACUCCAAACCUAGAAUGCGAGCUGCUCUCUCUCUCGCGGUCAAAGUCGGCUCAGUUUUGGAAGAAGAGGAUGAACGUGGGGUUGCUCACAUUGUUGAGCAUCUGGCAUUCAGCGCUACUAAGAAAUAUACAAAUCACGACAUUGUCAAAUUUCUGGAAAGCAUUGGAGCAGAAUUUGGUGCUUGUCAAAAUGCAGUUACUUCUGCUGAUGAGACUGUGUAUGAAUUGUUUGUUCCUGUUGACAAGCCUGGACUACUAUCUCAAGCCAUUUCUGUCCUGGCCGAAUUUAGUUCUGAGUAUCAACAAUCUUUUUGUUCGAGCCUCGAAUGAUGAUCUGGAAAAGAGAGAGGAGCUGUAAUGGAAGAGUAUAGAGGGAACCGAAACGCUAGUGGGAGGAUGCAGGAUGCACAUUGGCAUCUGAUGAUGGAAGGUUCCAAGUAUGCUGAGCGCUUACCAAUUGGAUUAGAAAAGGUGAUUAGGACUGUUUCUCCUGAGACAGUGAAGCAGUUCUAUAGAAAGUGGUACCAUCUGUGCAAUAUGGCAGUGAUAGCUGUUGGAGACUUUUCCGAUACACAGAGUGUAGUCGAGUUGAUAACGACUCAUUUUGGGGAGAAAAGGUCAGCACCUGACCCCCCAAGCAUCCCAAUCUUCCCAAUACCUCCACACGAGGAGCCAAGAUUUUCUUGUUUUACCGAGUCUGAAGCUGCUGGGUCUGCAGUAAUGAUUAGCUAUAAGAUGCCUGCAAAUGAACUGAAGACAGUGAAGGACUAUAGAGAUAUGCUUGCAGAAUCAAUGUUCUUACAUGCUCUAAAUCAGAGAUUUUUUAAAUUAUCUCGUAGAAAGGAUCCACCUUAUUUCUCAUGCUCAGCUGGUGCUGAUGUCCUAGUCCGAUCAUCAAAGGCCUAUAUAAUGAGCUCAUCUUGUAAAGAAAAAGGGACUCUGGAGGCCUUAGAGUCAAUGCUUAUUGAGGUUGCAAGAGUGCGAAUGCAUGGGUUUUCAGAACGUGAAAUAUCUAUUGUUCGAGCUCUGCUGAUGUCUGAGAUUGAAUCUGCAUAUUUGGAGCGUGAUCAAAUGCAGUCAACCGGCCUGAGAGAUGAAUAUUUACAACAUUUUCUCCACAAUGAGCCUGUUGUUGGAAUAGAAUUUGAAGCACAACUCCAAAAGACUAUCCUACCUCAUAUAUCGGCAUUGGAGGUGUCCAAGUAUUCAGAGAAGUUGCAAACAUCAUGCAAUUGCGUUAUAAAGACAAUUGAACCUCGAUCUUCAGCAACAAUUGAUGGUCUGAAAAAUGUAGUGUCGAAGAUCAACAGUCUCGAGGAUGAAUUAAAGAUUGCUCCUUGGGAUGAUGAACACAUUCCAGCAGAAAUUGUCACUACAAAGCCAAAUCCAGGGAAUAUUGUGCAGCAGUUUGAAUAUUCGAACAUUGGAGCUACUGAAUUGAUAUUAUCAAAUGGGAUGCGAGUGUCUUAUAAGUGUACCGACUUUCUUGAUGAUCAGGUUCUUUUUACAGGGUUCUCAUAUGGGGGUCUAUCGGAACUCCCGGAAAGCGAGUACUUUUCUUGCUCAAUGGGAUCAACCAUUGCUGGAGAAAUUGGUGUAUUUGGCUAUAGGCCAUCAGUUCUAAUGGAUAUGCUUGCUGGUAAGAGG